GACAAGUGAAACAGUUACGAAGGGGGUUGAAAGAGACACCGAUCUGGCCUUUGCUGACUGAGGGGAAAGACACAAUUCCCCUCCUCUUUACAAGAGCAUCUGAUGUACAGUGCACACCACAGAAAUAUAAAUGUGUGACGUGGCAGUCGCUAACAGGACGUCGUGUUCAACUAUCAGAUGUUCGUUUGGAUAUCACCAGUCUACAACUUUCCUCUUGAUCCAUGCUGCUCGCUGUCACGCCAACUUAUGAGAGCUCAAAUCCCCAAAUCUCACAUCUAUCUCCAAACUUUGUGUUUUGCUUUGAUGGAGAAGAUGCUGGCAAUGCUGGUGCUUCUGAUCCUGAAGCCAGAAACUGUAAGUGCUGGUUGGUCAGUGACUUUUGAAAAAACAGAUCCCUGUGCUUUAAAGGGAUCGUCGGUGGAGCUCAGCUGCUCAUACAACUACACGGAUGAAGAAACUGUUAAAAAGACUGCAUGGUACAAAGGGGAACUAGAAAACGGCUCCUGGAGACGUGUUGCGCUCUCAGACCUUCCUUCAUAUCAAAAUCGUUUUGAAUAUCUUGGUGACCAGCAGCAUGACUGUGGCCUGGCAAUUGAUGACCUGCAGGUUAAUGACACCGGACAUUACUACUUCAGGUUCGAUACAGAGGCGUAUGGAAGGCGGAGUAAGGAGUCAGUGUAUCUGACUGUAACAGAGCUGAGUGCCAAAGUUUACCCUGACAGUGUGAGAGCUGGAGACUACGUGACUCUUGAAUGUAUCACAACCUGCCAGCUUAAUGGCACAGUUUGGUUUAAAGAUGGACUUCCUGUAGCCACAUCCGAGUUCCAGGCUCGAGCAGAGGAUGCUGGGAAUUAUUUUUGCGCUGUCAAAGGACAGGAGUCAGUGCUAUCUGACCCUGUGGCUCUGCGUGUUCAGUAUCCCCCGUUGAAUGUGUCUGUUGAGAUGAGUUAUUCGGGCCACCUGACAAUGGGCAGCAGUGUGAAUCUGACCUGCAGCAGUGCUGCUAACCCUGCAGCAGACAACUACACCUGGUACAGCAGUGCUGGUUCCAGUUUCAGCUCCCUGCUCCAGGUGGGGUCAGGACAGGUGCUGUCUCUCCCUUCUGUGGAGGCGUCCCACACUGGACUCUACCUCUGCCAGGCCAGCAACCGACUGGGAGAAAACAACUCAAACGAGGUGCUGCUAACAGUGGACGAAACAGACACAAACCGUGUCAUCCUCUUUGUUGGUAUUGGAGUCAAAGUCUUUAUUGGCCUGUUGCUUCCAAUAGUUAUUAUUUGGGCAUGGAGGCUGAGAAGUAAAUCUGCUGUGGAUAAAGAGGAGAGAAAUCGUGAUUAUGAAAACAUCAGCACUGCUGAAAUGGGCCAAAAGAACAUGGUUACACAGAAGGAAAUGUAUGAAACCUGCCUCUGCCUGAGCCUCAUUACACUCGAUACAUGACUUGGUAUGCGAAUGUCUAAGGUUUGUAUGCUGCCCGGAGCUCAACCAAAAAACAGCUGGAGUUACGAGUAGAGCAGCAAGUUUGCCGACAUGAAAUGUGCAGCUGCACCUCUCAUUCGUUUACAACUCCUGUCUCUGUAAAGGUUCAGUCCUUCGCAGGUUAGGAAAGAGGACAAAUGUAUAUGUGGUUAGAGUAUUUACUUUAGAUAUUCCAGUAGACAAAUGUUAUCAUUUGACUGGAUAGUCUGCGUGUACUUCAGCAGGGCUAAACCAUUGAAGAAAUGCAUACAUACAAUGUCUUUGCUUUCUUUUUUAUGAUGUUUCUUCAGGACUGUUGGCAGAUGUUUAUUAAUGUAUGACCAACAAUAGUAUGAAACCUAUUAUAUAUAUUUUUCUCUGAUAGUCUUUGUUUUUUACCCAAUUCUGGUGGAAAAAUUGUUAAACUGCUGUAUUUACUCAUAAAAAUCUUUCAGCCGAAUACAAAUAUCAAACGUUUGUUUGAUAAUUAUUUAUCAAAUGUUUGUUUGAUAAUUAAUUAUCAAAUGUUUGUUUGAUAAUUAAUUAUCAAAUGUUUGUUUGAUAAUUAAUUAUCAAAUGUUUGUUUGAUAAUUAAUUUCUGUAUUCUCCUGUAUUCUACCAUUUUUUUGUAUUGUUUUGCUCUAAUCUGCAACAGAUUACCAGAACUUCAUGUGGUUUAAUCACAAAGGCACAGAUACAGUAUGGCCACAGAGAUAAAAACAUGAAAAACACAACAUUGUGAAACAGAUUAUUACCUCAAAGUGUACAUUAUUUAUGGGCAGUCAGUGGUCAGUUUCAGUUCUACUUCUUCAUAAAUAGCACAAAGUGUCGAACAGAUUUUGUAGUGGAAUAUUUCUAGGUUAAUCGGGAGAAGAGAGUUUUUGUUCACAAAUCAAUAAUGAAGUCAUCAGAAGAUUCAAAGUUGUCUUUUUCCGUUUUAUUCUCUUGCAAGAGGGAAGAAAGCACAACAGCUACGUAUUCAGUAGACUGUGUGAAUGCUUCGACUAAGUAUCAGACACCACAUCAUUUUUAUGCAGACAGAGGUUCACGCCUUCAGAUAAGACAUUCAUAGGGGAGUACAGGUCUUUUGACAAAGGCUGUCUUGAUCUGCUCAUUAUCUGGAGUCUGCCAGGUGCAUUCAACUGAGAGUAAGUUACAGUUUCGAGGUCUGUCUCAAACUUGCCAUACAGACAAAGAAGACGGUGUGUCUUCACUUCCCCUUCUUGUGUGGGAGCGUGUGAUCAACCAAAAGUAGGAAAAACAGGACAUCAGGUUCAUAAAUUGAUUAACUACUUCAUCUGUUGUGUUUUGUCAGUGUCUGUGUUUCUCACUUUCAGUGGUACAUCUUUUAAAACUUUCCAUGAUACUAUAACAUAUUUUUCCCAUUAGAAGUUGCAUAAAGGAAGUGGUUCACUUAAAGUGACGGUGCCAGAACAUCAACUCUUGUUAUUCAAGUAUUGAAGUAACAUUCUUAGUUUUAUGUUUGUUUCUUGAAAGAUUACCAACUGGGCAGUUAGUGUCAGGAGGACAGGCAGUGAGACAGUGUGCUAGUGAGACACAAAGAUGGACAAAAACAACUCCUGUCUCUGUAAACGUUCAGUCCUUCUCAUGACACACUGGAGACACCAGGAAAACAUUACUUCAUUUUUUAUUAAUAAAAUACUAAAUGAAUACUAUUUCAUCAUGAAGGUGUUGUUGCUGAACAUGAUUUAGUUGUUUGAGUGAUUCACUACUUGUAUUGUGCAGCAGACUGUAUCAAGAAUCAUUGUGGUCAAAUCAGGAUCUGCUGCCACCUUGAGUUUAACAUACUCAUGUACAUUAUGGUCUGGUAAUCUUCUUCAAUACCCUAAUUGCAUCCCAUUCAGAACACAUCUCAGGUGAGAUGCACUAGCUAAAAUCUUUUAAAUUAGAAACUCAGUAUAUAUUACUAUGAAUUAGUGGCAUUAGUGUUGUUUGCUGGUGGUUGAUCUUUGCACUACUGUUUUUUACCUAGUUAGUUAAUUUAACACUUCUAUUUCAUUGUAUAUAUUGUGCAUUU